AUUUCCACGCAGCAGCCGAGAGCACGACGAUCAACCACCACCUCCUGCAAUCAGAGAGCAUGUACGCCUUUCUCAAUGGGCUGAUCUGUCCUGUUGUAAAACUUUUUAGCUUAGAGCUUUCGGUGUGACUGCCAAUGUUCCUUUCGCAGUUUAGUGCCUGAGCCCGUCCUUGCUCCACAGUGGGACGAAGGAAACACACUUCAGUACUACAUGGAAAUCUUCGAGCCUGCUACAUUAUAAAUAAUUUUUCAAGAUGUUUUGCUGGGCGAGGACAUUUUCAACGGCCUCGCCUUUUCUCAAAAACGCCUCGAUGGCUUCCUCAUCCCUCCGUCACUACUCAUUCCAAGUCUUCCGCGAUGUACCCCCUCUCCGACAAUUGCGCCGGCAGUUAGUGCUGGAUAAGAAGACUGUAGGGUUUGUUCCUACCAUGGGGGCUCUUCAUGAGGGCCAUCUCUCUUUGAUCCGACAGGCCGCGACCGAGAACACCGAUGUCUUUGUCAGUAUCUACGUCAAUCCGACCCAAUUCGGGGUUACCGAAGACCUCUCAAGCUACCCUCGCACCUGGGAUAGCGACGUGGCAAAGCUGGAGCAACUGAACGAUGAAUUUGCCCGUCUCGGAGGGGAAACCGGUCGCAUUACUGCCCUCCUGGCCCCUACAUCGAAGGUCAUGUAUCCGACAUUGCCGCCUUCAUCGGAAAUCGAUGGCGAUGGGUCCUUCGUUACGAUAACUCCCCUUUCUAGGAAGCUGGAGGGCGCUUCCCGUCCGGUCUUCUUCCGGGGAGUCGCGACGGUUUGCAUGAAGCUUUUCAACCUCGUUCAAGCUGAUCGCGCGUACUUCGGACAGAAAGAUGUCCAACAGACGGUGGUUAUCAAGCGCAUGGUGCAAGACUUCCAUGUGGAUACUGAGAUCAAGAUUGGCGAGACAGUUCGUGAACAUGACGGCUUAGCGAUGAGUUCGAGAAACGUGUACUUGGGACAGAGGAGACGUGCUGUCGGCCUUGUCCUCUAUACUGCCCUGAAAGCGGCUGAGAAUGCAUAUGACUCCGGCAAGGUGGCUCGAAGUGAUAUUCUUGAUGCCGCAAAUAGUGUGACAUCGCAAGUUUUGUCUGAGCAGCAGGCUUUGCCGCCAUCUACAAGGGCUCUCUAUGAAGUCGACUACAUUUCUCUUGCUGACCCUGAUACGCUCGAUGAGGUAGACUCAAUCGAUCCCGCCAAGGGAGCCAUCAUCAGUGGUGCAAUCAAGAUGACUCCCCUCGAAGAAUCCAAGCCUGGCGAGGACUGCGGCCUGGGCGAUGGACAAGUCCCUGUGCGACUGAUUGACAACCUUAUCUUCAAACCUCGGGCUUGAGCCUUCAGCAAAAGGAUUAUACAUUCCUGAAAUAUACCGGUCAGUGUCAAAAGACGCGCUUAUAUAGCUAUAUGUAUCUAGAACAAUGGCCAAUGUACAUAUCUUGAAUAUAUAACGGACCAACGCUGCCCCAACAUUUGCGUCGAA